AUGACAGAGGCUGAUCUCCCCACCAAGAAACUCCGCCUGGAUUCAGGCGAAAGUGUAAAUACAUCAGUUGUCAUGGAAAGUACCAGCGAAAGCAGAGAGAAACGGAUGUGGACAAUAGAGGAGGAUGUAGGAAUUACGGAAUACGUAAGUCAAUCGUUGCCAGGAUUUUCUGCCGUGAUCAAACAAAGAUAUGCAGAUUUCAUUGUCCAUGAAAUAGAUCAACAAGGUGGUGUAGUUUAUCUUACCGAUUGUACUAGUAUACCGAAGAGAGACGAUCAAUCAACACUAGAUAAUACAAGCUCAAGCCCUGCUGAAUCUUCUAUUCCCGAAGAUGCUAUUUACGAACAAUUAAAAGCUCUGACUGAUGAAGAGACGGCCGUAAGUAUCAAAGAGCUGAUCUCCAGUCAGGGUGAAAAAACCAAUGUUGUUACCAAGUCUAUUGAUGAUAAGAACAAACGCACUUCUAUCCAUAUGUUUAUAAGAGAACACUUUGGCAAAAAAUUGUACAGCGAGACAUUAGAUGGAGCCAUUAAAAUAGGCAAACACACACCAAAAUCCAGAAAAGACAGAAGGAAUAGAUUUCAUAGUGGACAAAAGCCAAGUCAAUGGUUCUGUCAAUUUGUACUUUAUAAACAAUGCCAUGAUACGAUGGAGGCCAUAAAUACCAUUUGCCGAAUUAUGAAGUUGCGUAUUUAUUGUUCAAUAUAUGAACGUUUCCCAUCCAAUGGCGAUGAUUUCACUAAUCAGUUGUCCUUAUACAGAGCAAAUUCUAAACUCAUGUCAUAUGCUGGAACAAAGGAUCUCAGAGCGGUCACUACUCAAAGAGUGAGAGGUUCGAAAAUCACGGCCGAAAGAUUAGCUGGACUUAACAAACGGUUUAAAGUAAUAACAUUAGGGAACUUUGAAUACGUCGAUUCCCCGUUAAAACUUGGUGAUUUGUGUGGUAACCGCUUUGAUAUUAUAUUAAGACACGUCCAAAUAAGUUCUGAAGAUUUGCUCUCCGAUAUACUUGCAUCAUUAAAAAGUCAUGGAUUUAUAAAUUACUUUGGCUGUGCGUUAUUACAAAACAACUGGAAAGCCGCCGUCGAACUCAUUAUGAAACCCCGUGAUGGAGAACACGAAGAUUUGCGAAAAGCUAGAGAGCAUUGGAUUGCAAACCAGGACGCAAACGAAGCCUAUACUCUGUUUCCCAAGCGUUGCGUUGCCGAAAGACAGAUAUUAAACAAGUUUGCCCAAACGGGUGAUCUUAGGGACUACGUUGGAGGCUUAAAUGCUAUACCACGCAAUCUUCGUCUCAUGUACGUUCAUGCUUACCAGUCUUACAUAUGGAAUUGCAUAGCUUCCGAACGAAGGAGACUUUAUGGUUGUGACGCACCAGUUGUUGGAGAUCUUGUCCUAGUCGGUGAUGAAGUGGCUGGAGAUGUCAUUGAUACUGAUAGCAUCAUUAAUGAUGCAGGUACUGAGACGGAAGGAGGCUAUAAGGAACCAAACGUUGUCGUUGUAAAUGAACAAAACAUCUGCAAUUUUACGAUAGAUGAUGUGGUGCUCCCGUUACCAGGUCAUCUUAUCAUUUAUCCAGAGAAUGUAUUAGGUGAAAAGUAUGUCGAACUUAUGGGUAGAGACAAAUUGGACGCGAAUAAUAUGAUAAGGAGCGUGAGAGACUACUCGCUGCCAGGCUCAUACAGAAAAUUUCUAGGAAAACCACAAGAUCUAACAUGGACUACUUUCCGUUACGAUGAUCCCAGUAUAGCUCUAAUUCUAACAGACCUUGACAAACUCGAGGGCAAACUAGAGCCUACAUCAAUCCCGAACGGAAAAUACGUGGCUUUAAAGCUCAGUUUUAACUUAUUAACCAGCCAGUAUGCUACAAUGGCCCUGAGAGAGAUGCUUAAGAAAGAUACUAGCGCAAUGUCUCAACAUCAAUUACAAAUGGAGCAAACUGCUUAA